GGUAGAGGUGGCGUCGCGAGGCUGUGGGGCUGGGGCGGACUUGGUGACCGCGGGGAUCCCAGGGUGACCUCGACGCGCGCAGGAACUGGCUCCGGAGCUGGGAAACUGCUUGCCCCUUCCCCGGAGGAUCACGGAACACCUGCCCCCUUGGCCAGUGACACCCCCGGACAGCAAUCCUCCAAACUCCCAUCCUUUACCCCCUCAGCGAUUAGAUGGACUGCCUUCCCUCUUGAUCCGUCAGGAUAAGAUGAUUGUUAUCCAGACCUGGAGGUGUAUUCUUAGAAGUAACAUCUCUUUUUGAUCUCACACUGUGAAGUUCCUGGCUCUGAUCUCGUAUCUGGUUGAAUGUAAGUGACCUGGUCCUUGAGCAGUGAAGGAAUUCGAAGUGCCAUGGCCCCGAGGAACAAGAUAACUCAUGUGAGAUGAGAAAGAAGAGGCCUUGGCACUAGGGGUGCGUUCUCAGUUCACAGACAUUUGACCAGAGGCCUCUCUUCAGAGCGUCAGAACAGAGCAGAUUUUCCAAGCAGCCGAAAAUGAUCCAGUCACAGAUCUCAUUUGAGGAUGUGGCCGUGGACUUUUCGUUGGAGGAGUGGCAGCUACUUAAUCCUACUCAGAAGAAUUUGUACAGAGACGUGAUGCUGGAGAACUAUAGCAACCUAGUGUUCUUGGGUUAUCAAAUUAUCAAGCCUGAUGCGACGUUCAGGCUGAAGCGGGAACAGCCAUGGAGAACCGAUGAAGUUCUAAGUCAGAACUUCUCAGAAGAAGUCUGGCUAGAUAACAAUCUCAAAAUGUGGCACCAGCAUAAUCAAGACACGCUUAGACGUAUGGAGAGAGGCCGUGAAUAUGAUGUUUUUAGGAAAAUAUUUCAUUCAAGCAUUAACUUUGUUCAUUUAGGAAUGAGACCCUAUAAAUGUGGCACAGGUGAAAAAAAUGUGAGACAUCCUUUUGAGUUUCUUAUUUCAAAAAAUAACUAUGGAAGAAAGAAACUUGAUGAGCUCAGUAAGAAAUUGUUAUUCUACAUCAAACCUGAUAGAACUCAUGGUGGAGUAAAAUACUGUGGUUGCAAUAUGUGUAGGAAAGCCAGCAGUAGAGGGGCAUGGCUCAUUGCAGACCAUGUUACACAUACAGGAGUCUGUUUAUGCAUGGAGUGUGGCAAAGUUUUUAAUAAGAAGUCACAGCUUCUUAUACAUCAGAGGACCCAUACAGGAGAGAAGCCCUAUGGAUGCAGUGAAUGUGGGAAAGCCUUCUCACAGAAGUCAUUGCUCACUAUUCAUCAAAGGACUCAUUCAGGAGAAAAACCAUAUGGGUGUGGUGAAUGUCAGAAAGCUUUCAGUAGGAAGUCAUUACUCAUUUUACAUCAGAGAACUCACACAGGAGAGAAGCCCUAUGGAUGCAGCGAAUGUGGAAAAGCCUUCAGCAGGAAGUCACAGCUUAAAAGACAUCAGAGAACCCAUACAAUAGAGAAACCUUAUGGCUGCAGUGAAUGUGGGAAAGCGUUCUCCCAGAAAUUAAAGCUCAUUACGCAUCAGAGAACACAUACAGGAGAGAAACCGUAUCAAUGUAGUGAUUGUGGGAAAGCCUUCUUCUGGAAGUCCCAGCUCAUUACUCAUCAGAGGACUCAUACGGGGAAGAAACCGUAUGCAUGUAAUGAGUGUACAAAAGCCUUCAGCAGGAACUCACUCCUCAUUAGGCAUCAGAGGAUCCACACAGGAGAGAAGCCCUAUGAAUGCAGGGAGUGUGGUGAAGCCUUUAUCAGAAAGCCACAACUCAUUAAGCAUCAAGUAACUCAUACAGGAGAGAAGAACUAUCAGUGCAGUGACUGUGAAGAAGCAUUCUUUAAGAAGUCAGAGCUAAUCAGACAUCAAAAAACUCAUUUAGGGGAGAAACCUUAUGGAUGUGUUGAAUGUGGAAAAACCUUCUUUGGUAAGUCACAGCUCCUAACGCAUCAGAGAACUCACACUGGAGAGAAGCCUUAUGAGUGCGGUGAGUGUGGGAGAGCCUUCACCCAGAAGUCAAGCCUGAUAUCCCAUCAGAGGACGCACACAGGAGAGAAGCCCUAUGAGUGCAGGGACUGUGGGAAAACCUUCAGUGAGAAGUCAAGCCUUGUUCAUCAUCAGAGAACCCAUACUGGAGAAAAACCCUUUGAAUGUAGCGAAUGCAGGAAAGCUUUUGCCUGGAAGCCACAGCUUCUGAGGCACCAGAGAAUUCAUACAGGGGAGAAGCCUUAUGAGUGCAGUGAAUGUGGGAAAGCCUUUGUUCAGAAAGUGCAGCUCAUUAAGCAUCAAAGAAAUCACACGGGAGAGAAAACCUAUGGGUGCAAUGAGUGUGCAAAAGCCUUCUUUGAGAAGGCACAGCUCAUUAUACAUCAGAGAAUUCACACAGGAGAGAGACCCUAUAAAUGUAGUGAAUGUGGGAAGUCUUUCACUAGAAAGUCACACCUUAUGAGGCAUCAGAGAAUUCAUACAGGAGAUAAAUACUAUGGAUGCAGUGAGUGUGGGACUGCUUUCAGCAGGAAGUCACAGCUCAUGGCUCAUCAGAGGACUCAUGUAAUCUAGAAGCCGCAUGGGUGCUGUGAAUAUGGAAAGUCUGUCAGACUGAUGGGGGAACCCUGUCAGUGCACUGAGAAGGCAGAUCUCACCCAGCAGGGUUCAGAAAGGAGGGAAGUAUUUUUACAUAGUGUAAGAGAGCCUUCUAGAACACACAGCUUGUUACACAUUAGUGACUUGUUGGUGUGGAAGUCUUAUCAGCAUCAUAGUAGUGCAGAACCUUGUAGUCAGGAGCGACAGCUCCUCAUCAGAGGGCCCAAACACGAGGAGGAACCCGUUGUAAAAAACAAGUAGAAGGUUUCAUCAAGAAAGGAUAAUUGAUGGUACACGAGAGGACACAUCACAAAGGAAAUACUGAGCAUCUUGAAUUAGAGAUUUAGGAUGAAUGAGAAGUCCUGAUAGUUUUGUAGGAUUCUGAUAAGCCUGAUCCUAUUGAAAUAGUUCUAAAGUUGUACUUGUUGUAUAUAAAGGAUAAAAAAUAGUUAAUUUUGAGUGGUAACUGUGUUUUAAGUGUGAAGACUUCUGCUUUCUGCUGUGGUGAUGUGGCAAGGGCCAAUUCAAGUCCCCUGCCUUGAACAGCUAGAAACUGUAAAAUGUAUAUGAAAUAAUGGUUUUCAGACCUAUGACAAGGGGAAGCGUGUGAUCCGUGGCAGAAGGUGUAGCAAGUGACGUGAGCCCAUGAGAGCCCAGCCCAACCUGGUGGCAGUUCCCAGGCUGCAGA